GCAAGCUUGCAUGUCAAAAGAUAUAGCCCUCUGCCCAAUCACACGUCAGAAAGUUUUGCGUGGCUAAGAGAACACUUAUCCGGCCCGGUAAAAAAUUUUACUCUUGGAUACCCUCUGUAUAUUGUUGAAUACUGUUUUCACCUUUUGGUGACGUAAUUCUCAAGCCCCAGCUACAGAAAUUUGAUUGGAGUGAUUUGUUUCGGAAUAAAGAAAAUUAAUGGAGGCUUUCCACAACAACACAACAGGAAGCUCCACACAUCCUACGGCUAUGCCUAAUCAUUCAAUGGAGAUUGUUGAGGCUGUGAAAAUAGUUUCUUUUUGGCUGAUCAUAACCGUUGGUGUCAUUGGAAACUCGUUGGUUAUUGUUGUUGUGAAAAUGUUUCGCAGCAUGAGAACCACCACCAACUACCUCCUGGUGAACGUAGCUGCUGCAGAUAUUGCCACGCUGUUUUUUACAGCAAUCCUGUUCUUGAUAACCACGAGGUACAGUGCUGCUCAUUCUGGGGUAUUUGCAAGUUUUGUCUGUAAAUUUUUCUUCACUAAUAGUAUCGCGAUUAUCACGCUACUGGUAACUGCCCUCACGUUAACAAUCUUGGCCUUCGAAAGAUACCAAGCUCUGGUUAAACCAUUUUCAGUAACCGGUAGACUGACCAUUGACAGGAUUGCUUACGUUAUAACUGGAAUCUGGAUGGUUGCCGUUGCCUUAGUUAUUCCUUUGCUAUCUACCUUCCAUUGGGAUCCAAAAGAUUAUCUUUGUUCUCUCGGAGAUGAAGAAUAUGAAAUGAUGGUCUACAUUGAUUGCUUGGUUGUCAUUCUCACAUUAGUCCCAUUUUCUUUGAUCGCAUUCUUCUACUCUCAGAUCGUUUAUGGAAUGUAUUUCAAGAAGACAGUUUGCGGAAGCAAAGGCGAAAGAUGUGACACACGAGAGGAAACGAGAGAAAAAAGAAAACUAGUGACAUUGCUGAUCUUGCUUACUGUCGCGUUUUUCGUAGCUUUCAUUCCUUAUGGAGUUCUGCUCAUCUUAAAAGUGAGUAAAGUGAACCACUCAUUCUUGUAUCUCCAAACUGGUUCAAAGUAUCUUACUUUAAUGAACUGCUCGAUAAACCCUUUUAUCUACGCAUUUCAAAGUUCUGAUUAUAGACUGGCAUUCAAGGUCAUCCUGAAGAAGAUGUUAGGUCGUGAUACGACUGAGGAACGUUCUGAAUUGCUCGAAAGGCGUACCCGUACAUCUGUUGGCAGAGUCGCGAAUACAGUGUGAAGCAGUCUUCUUCCGACUGAGAGAUUUGUUACUGAUAGAAUUUACAAUAAUGUUUCUCGAAUUAACCCGAAAUCAGAGAAAGCCUUAAGAUAUAUUAUUAUUUUUUGGCUGUAAAUCAUACGUUUCCUUGUAAAGAUCUCAGCGUGGAUUAUAAAUACACAAUUUCCAUUUUGA